AUGUCGGACGAAGUAUCGCAGUUUCUCGAGCAGGUCGAGCGCCUGCGGGGGCAGCAGAUAGAGGACGAUGAGAUGCGAGCCCGAGAGCGGGAGGAGUUUCUUGCUGCCAAACGAGAGCGCCAGGCCAGAAGAGAGGGUGAGUGCCUUGUUCUUUUUGUCUUGAUUCUCGCUAUUCUUCACGACAUCGGGAGUGUAGUACCUGUUGCUAGGUGGCUACCCGAUGAACGCGCCCGAUCCAUCUCACCGCAGAAAUCAUCGCCAGCCAACACGCCGUCACCACGCACAAUCCGGCGAACCGUCAACCUCUCCGAAUCGCUGAGACUCGACUCUCCAGCCGGCGAGUCCCUGGACAAGCUGCGUGAACGAUCGACCGAGACAGAGAAACCCCUGGAGGCGGAUGCACAACCCGAUGCAAUGCUGUACUCCACCUCCCAGACGAAAGAGAACGAGGCCCCUGAGGAUCUCGACGCAAAGCGGGGCGAUGAUGCCACAGCUUCUCAAAGAGCUUCACAACUCUCGUGGCAGCGACGGACCACCCGAUCCAACAGCCGCCCGCUGAGCGUUGUCGCUGCUCGAAAUGCGGCUGCCACGUACGAUUCGGCUGUAGAGGAGCCACCGUCUCCCACUCAACCUCUGUCCAAGGACCAGAUCGCCAAAAGCCUUGGAUCCAAGGAUGCCUCGUGGUUCCGUCAAACCGCCGAUAGAGGCGCAGACUCUGCAGCGUACCGACGGAACCAGGUGGAAGACGAUGACCGACUCGACAUGUCGUCACUCAGCGCUCAGCUGCCCGGCAUGACCAGCGAAAGCUCUGGGGAGCGCCCUGCCUCGCGAGGCGAGAAUGUUCUUGGCAAGCUUGCAUCUCCGUUUUCCCUGAACCCUCCCAGCUUCGACAAUCCAGCCACUGAGAGGCCCAAGGCGGAACCAAUCGCCCCAACGGCAACUGGCCGGACGUCUCCUGUGCGCACAACCUCUCCGACCAAGGGCAUGGGCGGAUUUGUGCAGAGCGCAAUGAUGAAGAGGAGUGAUAGCGUGAAGCGAUGGUCUGUUGCCAGCCCGCCUGCGUUGACUCGCCCUGACAACAUGACUACUCAUCGUGGCUCAAUUGACAGGGGUGCGGCUCCGUCAAGACCGCAAAGCAUGUUUGUUCGAACAAGUAGGCCGACUUCUCGUCCAUCCUCCCGACCAACUUCUCGCCAUGGAGAAAAGGACGCCAAAUCAUUCGAAACAAGCCCUCGUGAACGGCGUCCCAAAACACCAACUUCCAUGAGUCCACCUCAGCCCCAGAGGCAUGAACUUCUUGAUGAUGCAGCCCUUCCAGUUUCCCCAACCAAGACAAUGGAGCCUCGACGCUGGAGUCCGACAAAAUCAAGCUGGCUCGAGAGCGCCCUUAACAAACCAGACUCGCCAAAGGUACCCCCGAAGCCGGCAUCCUCGCAACAACCAGCAUGGAUGGUCGAGCUCAACAGGAACAAGGCUGGACGUGGUGGUAACCCCACUCCCGAGCCAAGCCGACCUGCCGCCCCCUCUCACAAGCACCAAGUUAGUAUCGAUGGGCUUAUGAGGUCCACGCCAAUGGGCUCGAGGCUGAACCUCAACACCACUGGUCUGGGUGGAAUCUAUUCACCUCCUGGAACACAGUCCGUAACUACUCGCUCAUCGGUUCAAAAUUUCUCGGUUAGCACGCCCAUGACCGAUGGACCGGAAAGGCCAAGAUCAAAGUCAAGGGGCGCUCUUGAUCAAGUGCGAGAGAGGCGAUCCGAAUCUAUUAGCUCCCCCAUCAACCCGCCGCCUGCCAAGGUCAAACCUGAGGCUCCGCCAAAGAAGGAUCUGGAUUUCCGCGGCAACUUGAAGCCACGAGCUGCCGAAGCACCAGUUCCCAAGACCCAGGAGCCCGAGUUCAAGGCCGUUUUUGGUACCCUUCGCAGGACCAAGACUCAAAAUUUUAAGGCUCCAGAUGAACUAAAGGACAACAUUCUCCGCGGCAAAGCUGCUCUCAACGCGACUGACGGGCCACAGAAGUCGAUAAUUAGGGACGAAUUCAAGGACGCCAUACAGAAGAAGAGAGAUGAUUUUAAAAAGGCCCAAGCCGAAGGAACAGGAAUUGCUAGUACGGUACCGCGUGACAAAUCUAAGCCUAUUCUCCCCGAAGGACUCGCCAUGAGGGCUGAGCUGGGUAAGUCAACGGCAGUGCUCCAGCAAGACGCACCUCUAGAGAAUCGAACUCCAUCCGAGAAUGCGGAACCCGAUACGCCAACCCGGACCGAAGAGUCUCUGCCCAACCUUUUGAAGAAGAAGAGUGCUCCAUCAAAGCUUGGCGGUCUGGCCGGACGAUUUAACCCUGCCCUUGCCGGGAUGCUGGCACGAGGACCACCGCCAGCAGCAGCUUCCAACGGCGGGAGCCGAGGUGAAGAGUCAGGACGAGGCGAUGGGGAUAUUCAACCUGCACAACCAGGCCCUCAGCUGACACACAUGACUAAGAGUCGAGCGCGUGGCCCGAGGAGAAAGGCCCCGACUAAUGUGGGCAACCCUUCCGGCAAUUCUACAAAUGGCCCGGCGGACUCAUCUUCAGUAAGCCGGCAGCCCGCCGCCUUUGGAAUGCAGAGUUUCCCUGCGCCCGUUGAGGACAGGAAACCAGUUUCGCACCCGAUUCAGGAUCGAGCGGCCGCAAGGCCUGAUGUGCCGAUUAAGCCAAAGCCUAUUGAGGGGAGAAAGCCGGAGGCUGACAGCCGACCUGUGGAGCCUGUUGCCCCCUUGAAUCUUCGCAGACGACAAACAGAGUCCGCCAUCCAGGUCGGCCAACUAUUAUCAUCGCGACCUGAGACACCUCAGAAACCGGAGGUAGAAGCACCAAAGAAACUCAACUUGAAGCGCAUGUCAAAAUUCUUCGAGUUGCCCAAGGAUAACGCUACUACAGCGACAUCUGAGACUCCCAAGACACCAGGCAAGCUCUCACCUCAGAAGACUGGCACAUGGGAGCCGGUCAAGACCGGAGACGCUGCCAAGGAGGCGGCGAAGCUGAUCCAACAAAAGACUGGCCCAUGGUCCCCGGUGAAGAAGACGGUAAACGCUGCACCAGAGCGUGCCUCAGCUGCAGUGAAAGCCCCAUUGCCAGGACCCAAGCCAGCAUCCUUUAACGGGCUACCAAAGGCGGUUGACACCCGGCCAGCUUCACCACCUCCUGCAGCGGCAGCUUUAUCUCACCGGCUACCACAGGCACAGGCUGAGCCAGCAUUAGCAUCGCCUUCGCGGCCGCAAACAAGCCACGGCAACGAUGUAUCAGCCAUACUCCACGACUUCUUUGGACCGCCAUACGAGAGCGUCGCCUGUGACAUGGACUAUGCUGAUAUCCUAACAAACUACCCAAAGAUUGGCGCAAAGGGCAAGACGUUGUCGUUCCACAUGUUCCAGAUUGAUGGAGAUGGCAAGCAGAUGAUUGUCCCCGCUUACCGAGAGCGUAUCCUCUUCGAACAAGAGAUGUACAUUGCUGGGCAUAAUUUCACCAAUGAGGCCGGCUGGAAAGUGCGCGAGGUCUACUUCUGGAUCGGCGAUGAAGUUGCUGAUGCAGACGAGGAUGCAGCAGAGGCCGUUGCGCAGCAAGAGGCCAAGCAACUUGGCGGCAAGCUCAUCAAAAUUAGACAAGGCAAGGAAACACCAGAGCUCCUGCAGGCCCUUGGCGGCAUUGUCAUUGUCCGAAGAGGCGCAAGCACCAGAUACGACUCGCUUGCGCCGUCUAUGCUGUGUGGCCGACGGUAUCAAGGCCAAGUGGCAUUUGACGAGGUUGACUUUACGACGGCCAGCCUCUGUGCCGGGUUUGCCUAUCUCAUCACGCACUCUGGCAACUGCUACUUGUGGAAGGGCAAGGGCAGCGAUGUGGAUGAGCUCAGCGGUGCACGCCUCAUCGGUAUGGACUUGACGGUGACUGGACAGCUGAUUGAGUAUGACGAGGGCAGCGAGCCUGCUUCCUUCUGGGACAUGAUGGGUGGCGAAUCAAAGCCUCACUCGGCGGAUCACUGGAGACUGAAACCUAGUUUUGGGAAAUACAACAGCAGACUCUUUUGUGCCGAUGUAGAGUCUCGGCAAAAGAUCUUUGAGAUUAGCCCAUUCAAUCAGGCCGAUAUGUCAACAUUCAACAUCUACAUUCUCGACGCCUUCUUUGAGAUGUACAUCAUUGUUGGCUCCCAGGCUCAGUCCCAGUACGCAUCCUUCCGCACCGCCCUCGACUUUGCUCAGGAAUAUGCCGUCCUGGCUGCCAGCAUGGAGGACAGACCUUUUAUCCCCAUCUCGACUGUUGUGCUCGAGGGUGUGCCUCGGGACCUGAAGAGAGUGUUCCGCAAGUGGACUGACGAGCGGUGCCCGACACUCUUGCACAAUCCCUCGACCGAGGCCGGGCUGAAGAGAGGCCGCAGUCUUAGAGUUGUACCCCUUACCCAGGCCAUCUUGGCUUUGAGGGAGUAA